AUGAAAGUCACUACGGCCAUCGCUGAAAUUGUAUCUGAAUUCUCCGGAUUCCAACAUCUUCGUACUUCCAAGUCAACUACUUCUUUGUCUUCUAUGACGUCAUCAGUUUCAAGAAAGGCAUCCACGUCAUCAGAACCUCCACGCCACAACUUGAAUAUUCCAGUGGGAGUUGCCCCAAUCACUAAAAGUAACAGCUCCCAAAGUCUUCAAAGAAAUAAUUCAAGUAUCUCGUAUCUCGUGGUAGAAUAA